AUGAGGAAAACUGAAGAUCUGAGGAUGAACUCAGGGGCUCCAGCUGCCAACAAUACCCAAUAUAAGAUUAUACUGAUACUGGUGGUUUUCUUAAUCUUGAUGUUCCUUACUUUGGUCAUCUUAACAAGUCUUCUGUUUAUUAACUAUAAAACCAUCUCAAAGGAAUUGUCACAACAGAAAAAAUAAUGAAACUGAAAUAAUGAAGAAUCAACUGAAUGAACUGGAGAACAUAGUCAACAGUCGUACUUUAGAACUUCAGAAAGAUGUACAGAGCCUAAAAACAAAAAGGCCCUCCUGUGAGAGCGGUUGGCUGGAAUUUGAAGACCAUUGUUAUUUCUUUUCUGAUUUUAUUUUAAACUAAAUUGGACAAAUGCUGAGAAGAUGUGUCUGAACAGAGAAGCUCAUCUUGUUAUAGUUAAUAAUGAAGCAGAGCAGAACUUCUUACUGGAUAAAUAUGCUAAACAAUUUACUUGGAUUGGUCUGACAGAUGUGGACACAGAUGGUACAUUUAAGUGGAUUGAUGGGACGGGGUUGCCAUACAAUUAUUGGGGAAAUGGAGAACCAAAUGGUGGAACCAAGGAGAACUGUGUUUGUCUGUUUAGAGAAGGAAAAUGGAAUGAUUAUGGCUGUCAUAUAAAUAGUAAUGCCAUCUGUGAGAAGAGACUGCUAUGA